AUGCCAGGUCUAGAAGCGUUGGACUUGUCUAGAAAUCAGUUACCAAAUGAUUUUAUGUCAAACUUCGGAGACAGGCUGUUUCAAAAACUCACAAACCUUCAACAACUUGAACUGUCGUUCAACUCUUUAAACUCAUUGAGCUCAAAGACGUUUUUGUAUAAUAGAAAUCUAAAAGAGUUGUUUCUUGCUGGGAAUAGAUUUCGACAAAUUCCGUUCAACCUACAAUACACCCCAAACUUGAGGGUUUUGGAUCUGAGGUUCAACGACCUGAUCACUCUUACAGCUGAUGUGAGAUACAGUUUAGAAAAGCUGGCUACAGACAACAAGGGGUUUAAUUUGUAUUUAGAAGGGAACAUUUUAUCCUGUGGCUGCCAUGACAUCCAAUUCCUUCUGUGGAUGAAGCUGACAAUUGUAAAUAUGGAUCUGGAUAGAAACUAUUCUUGUAUUGACACUGACGGGGUUUCUAGAUAUACAGAAAUCAUAACAGAUCUUGGAGCAUAUUGGCGACAAUGUACGGGAGAGUCUUUUCUUUGGUUUUCUAUUAUAAUGUUCUGUUUAAUGUUCAUUGGGUUUUUGCUGUGUUUUUUUGUUACCAAAUAUAAAACGUACAUCAUUUCUGGACUGCUGAAUUCGUUUAGUGAAACCUUUCUAAAGAAACCUUCCAACUACGAGAUUGGUGUCUUCAUUGGUUAUGCUGAUAGAGAUUACCAGUUCGCUUGUCAUGACCUCAUGCAGUUUAUCGAGGACACGCUGGGGUUAACGACCUUUAUUCGUGACCGUGACCUCUCACCUUCAACUGACCUGGCCUCUGCCACUGUGCAGGCUAUUGACAGAAGUUGGCGCGUUCUUCUGGUUGUCAACGAAACGUUUUUGUCACGUGACCGCUGGUUCUUGUUCAUCUGUAGAGCAGCCACAUCUGCUUUGACGUCUGCUAACCCUAAAAGGAUUGUCGUUCUUGUUGAGCACCAGUUACGUCACCGUCUGCCAGCCGAACUGUCGAGAGUUGUUUUGGAGGAUAACAUUGUUGUUUCCAGAGGAAAUUUAUUAGACUAUGAGCUGAAGGAAAAUCUAAGAACAAGAUUGGUAGAGUAG